AUGGACAGGAGCACUUUCGGUUUAAGAAGUGCAAAUGAAGAAGAACUGAGGAUUGUGAUGGUGGGGAAGACUGGAAUUGGAAAAAGUGCUACUGGAAACACCAUCUUGAGACGACAUUGCUUUGAAUCCAAGUUGAGUCCCAAGUCAAUGACUGUAGACUGUUCUAAAGGCAAAGGUACUGUGGAUGGGCAGCGAGUUGCUGUCAUCGACACCCCGGGCCUUAUGGACACCAGGUUUGACAAUGAUAAAACAACUAAAGAUAUAAGCCAGUGCAUCUCCUACGCGUCUCCAGGACCCCAUAUCUUCCUGGUGGUCAUCAAACUGGACAGAUACACUGAAGAGGAAAAACAAGCAGUCCAAAGGAUUCAAGAAAUCUUUGGCAGGGAUGCUGACAAAUACAGCAUGGUUCUGUUUACACAUGGGGAUGCCCUUGAAGGGACCCCAAUUAAAGAGUUCAUACGAGAAAGCUCAGACCUGCAGUUUCUUGUGGCCAAAUGUAAUGGUCAGUACCAUGUCUUUAAUAAUAAGCUCGAAGAUCAAUCUCAGGUCACUGAACUUAUCCAGAAAAUCAGACAUAUCGUCCAAAAAAAUGGGGGAAGCCACUACACCAAUGAGAUGUUUCAAAAGGCUGAGAGGGAGAUCGAAGCGAAAAAGCAACAGAUCCUGAAAGAGAAAGAAGAACAGAUACGUAAAGAAAAGGAGGAAGUGGAGAGGGAAAUACAGGAAAAAUAUCAGAAAGAGAUGCAAAAAAUCCAUGACCGACUCCAGGCUGAAAGAGAGAAAGAGAAGAAGGAAAUAGAAGAGGAGAGGAAGAGAGAAAAGGAGGAGAUGAAUGAGGAGAGAAAAAGAGAGAAGGAGGAGAGAGCAGCAGAGAGGGAGAGAGAGAGAGAGGCAGCAAAGAGAGAUUUAGAUAAGCUAGAGGGAGAGUAUGCAAAGAAACUGCAGGCUGAAAAAGACAAGAUACAGGACAGAUAUGAAAAUCAUGCAAGACAAAGAGCUGAAGACUUUAAUCCACUGUUUUAUUUUCUAAAACCAUUUGAAGUGCUUGGUGGGGCAAUUGCUAAACUAUUCUCAUAA